CUCUGUCUCUGCUGGCCGCCUGGACCAUCUGUUACUUCUGUAUCUGGAAGGGGACCAAGUCCACAGGAAAGGUGGUGUAUGUCACCGCGACCUUCCCUUACAUCAUGCUCCUGAUCCUCCUGAUCCGAGGGGUCACGUUGCCCGGGGCCUCUGAAGGCGUCAAGUUCUACCUGUACCCCGACCUCUCCCGGCUCUCCGACCCACAGGUCUGGGUGGAUGCUGGGACGCAGAUCUUUUUCUCCUAUGCCAUCUGCCUGGGUUGUCUGACUGCUCUGGGGAGUUAUAACAAUUAUAACAACAACUGCUACAGGGACUGCAUCCUGCUCUGUUGCCUGAACAGCGGCACCAGCUUCGUGGCCGGGUUUGCCAUCUUCUCGGUCCUGGGCUUCAUGGCAUAUGAGCAGGGCGUGCCCAUCGCCGAGGUGGCAGAGUCUGGCCCUGGUCUGGCCUUUAUUGCUUACCCCAAGGCCGUCACCAUGAUGCCACUCUCCCCACUGUGGGCCACCCUGUUCUUCAUGAUGCUCAUCUUCCUGGGCCUGGACAGCCAGUUCGUGUGCGUGGAAAGCCUUGUGACGGCCGUGGUGGACAUGUACCCCAAGGUCUUCCGGAGGGGCUAUCGGCGGGAGCUGCUCAUCCUGGCCCUGUCGAUCAUCUCCUAUUUUCUGGGCCUUGUGAUGCUGACGGAGGGCGGCAUGUACAUCUUCCAGCUCUUUGACUCCUACGCUGCCAGCGGGAUGUGCCUUCUCUUCGUGGCCAUCUUUGAGUGCAUCUGCAUCGGCUGGGUGUACGGAAGCAACCGCUUCUAUGAUAACAUCGAAGACAUGAUUGGCUACCGGCCGCUGUCACUCAUUAAAUGGUGCUGGAAGGUUGUGACCCCCGGGAUUUGUGCGGGCAUCUUCAUCUUCUUCCUGGUCAAGUACAAGCCCCUCAAGUACAACAACGUCUACACCUACCCCGCCUGGGGCUAUGGCAUCGGCUGGCUCAUGGCCCUGUCCUCCAUGCUCUGUAUCCCGCUGUGGGUCUUCAUCAAGGUGUGGAAGACAGAGGGGACGCUGCCUGAGAAAUUCCGGAAGUUGACCAUCCCCAGCGCCGAUCUGAAAAUGCGGGGCAAGCUUGGGGCAGGCCCACGGACGGUGACGGUUAAUGACUGUGAUGCCAAACUCAAGGGCGAUGGGACCAUUGCAGCCAUCACAGAGAAGGAGACGCACUUCUGAGCGCCGCCUGCCACCUCGAUGCCUCUCCUCCUCCUCCUCCUCUUCCGCCGUGUGUACAAAUGAACACCCGAACCGCGUACUUCACCUAAUGGUAGAGGCUUGCUCGUUUGGCACAGGAUUUAUUAACAAGUUAAUUUUAAGGUGGCCAUGUCCACUCUGGUUUAAAGUCACAUUCCCCUCCUCGCCGCCCAGUUGUCAUGUAAGUAACAGUACGGAGACAUAAUCCUGCACAGGGACUGGCAGUCUUCUUGUGCUAGGACGGUUUUAACCAGUGUUUGCUGGGGUUUAGGAACAAGUUGUCUCCUAGGGUCCAACUUUUUUCACUCGGGCUGCAGGGCAGGUGGGUGGGUGCCAUGCCUGCCCUCCCCUGUCAGCCCGUUAACCGACCGGUCUGUGUCCCGUGUUUGUCCCUGACCGUUGCAGCUGCCCCUCCGCCGAGCCUCCAGGCUUUCCCUUCAGACCCUCCCUUUGUCAUGCCCACCUUCCUAGAGGUGGGCCUGCAGAAAGCAAGCUAUGUCAGAGGGGAAACAAAAGGUUGCACCAGACUCAGGACUCCUGGAUAGCAGGGCCCGCUCUGGUCCCACCAAGUGACCUGAGGCACUCCCCUCCCGUCCUCGGCCCGAGCUUCUGCAUCUCCCCAAUGGGGAGGCCUGGAUCAGGGGAUCUCUGAGAUUUUUCCCGGCCACAUCUCUUGAGGAUUCUCUCUGCAUGCCUCACUGGCUUGCAGACCUGCUGGUUGAUCUUGGAUUCUUCUGAAGACUUGCAGGCUGUCAUCCCUGCUUCCACCCCCCUCCCACCCACUUAUUUAAAACUAAGUUUAUCAUGGAAGCUGUAUGGUUUGAUUUCAUCCGUGAGUGGCCCCGUCCUCUGGAGACCAGCCAGGUCCUCGGCCCCACGGCAGGGCACCUCCUGUCCGUCCUCUCUCACCCUCAGCUCUGCCUCUCUGUCCUGUCACUACUCCAGCCAGGAUCUGCAUGCUGGGGCCUUCCCCCAGCCUCCCGGGAGGAGCUACAGUCCAGCCUGGAGCCUGGGUUCAUCCUCCACCCUCUUCUUUACCCGUUGCCCUCCGCUCUCUCUCUCGUACCAUCAUGCUACCUCCAGUCCCUUCCCUGUCCUUCCUGUCACCAGCAGAACCUUGGAACCUUCUCGAGGCUUCUUCCCUACCUUUUUCCCCGGAGCUGUCCCACCUGCCUCUCCAGCCAGGGUGCUGGGAAGCCUCAGCGCUCACUGGAGGGGAGACCCGGGUUCCCGCCCCUCUCCCGGUGAGUGCAGGCCUGCUGUCUGCGGAGGAGGCUGCCGCUUCUCCAGGCCUCCCUGGCUGAUCCUCUCUUUUUUAAUUGGAUUUGACUUCAAGUCUCUGCCUUGGAUCCUGAGUUAUUUGGGGACAGGGAAGGUGCAUUCUUUAUCCUUUUCCUUUAUGUUCCCAAUUUAUUUGGUGGAAACUCAACCUUUCUUCAAACAGAGGAGUUGGUUUCCUGUAAUGACCCUGUGUGUUUGAUUCACCCCACUCCCAGCUUCUCUGCUCUGACCAGCCCCCACCUGAAGCCUGCGUUUGCUAAGACGGAUGCCCAGGACCCCCCAGGAGGUCGGGAUGCCUGGGUCUGGGCCCCCCUUUUGCACACACAGCCCAGGCCUGCCCGGCAUCUCCUUGAGCUGUCUGAUCCCGUGGACCCGGGAAAUGGAUGUGGGAAGAUCCGGGCUCAGGCUGAGCCCCCUGCCUAUGCUCAUCCUUGUCUGCUCUUCUCCCAUCAGGUCGGGGAGGAGUCUCCCCACUGUUGCUGCUACUGAUUCUCCACCAACCGCUCUCACCAGUGCACAGCCCCGCCUUCCGGGGACACACUGCAUUGUACAAGCGGCACUUAACACUUCACUCACUUAACACGACUCAUGGGGCAGGGCGGAGGAGGGCUUUUGUUUUUCGUUUUUUUGUAAUUUCCUACUAGUAUUUGGGUAACUUUGGGGGGUGGGGAGGGCAAUGUGGGGGCAGGCGAUUCAUCAUUGUGGUGACUUUUUUGAUAUUCCUUAGAAACAAUACAUCCUUUCUGAGAUAUUUACAGUAUUAUUAAAAAUGAAAAAGGUUGUACUGUUUUGCAUAAUGGACGUUUUUAUUGGGUAUUCAAAGGGUACACGAUUGUCUGCUUACUCAUUUUUAAAUAUUAAAGAAAUGGACAAA